CACUUCUGAGGCUGGUCAAAGUAUGGUUCUCGCAACAUCCUAUCCAAAUUUCUGGUGGCUUACGUACACCUACACAUGCAUCGUAGACAUCUCUUUUACUUUACCUUACCUUGAGUACCUUACCGUCUAAGUCGUUCCACAAUCCAGAACGUGCUCACGGUUCUGUUUUUUUUUCGCGUGUCUUGUCAGUGUUUCUCGUCAUUGGCCACGACUUGAUUUCACUUUUUUUAAAACUUCAACCACUGUUCCCUUUCUCCAGCUGUUAUCUACACUGGAUCCCUCUCGCAAACAGAAGCUUCACGCUACUGAUACUAGUUUACGUGUUCUACUCUCUGCCUCUCGCUCGCCAAGCAGAGACAAUCUGCCUGCCCCUGUCACCACUGCGAGGAAUCGUGAUCUCCUCCGCAUCUCACGGCACAUCUGCCUUCUCGUCAUCAACCUCGUCGUUCCUGCCUUGCACGCCUACCUUGCUCAUGCCAUCUUCCAGUUCUGACACACCCCCAGUCCAGGAUCCAGCUGCAAUUUCUCAACCUGUACCAUCGCCCACGCUCCUGGUACCCUCGCAUUCUUCUAAGAUGACGAAACUUGACAUCCCCGCUUUCUCUGGGCCACUCGAACCAGCAACCAUUAAUGCCUGGCUUGGACGUUGUGAGGACUCUUACCUCGCAUGGUCUGCCUUGAAUGCAGAUAAAGUUAUGCCUCCGCAACUUCGCAUUGUGCUCGCUGGACUCAAGCUCGAAGAAUACAACACUAGCCUCUGGUGGAGCGAGAAUCGUGAUGUACUCAAACAGCUUGCCACUUGGGAGGCCUUCGCCUUGUGUUUCAAAGACCGUUUCAUCCCCUCUGGCUGGCGUCUAGAUGCUCUCGCCUGCUUCUACAAUGUGUCGCAGGGCGCUGAUGACUUUCGCUCGUUCGUCGCUACCUUGCAAGUGGCUCGGAACACACUUAGCUCAGCAGGCCUUGGAUACACUAUCACUGACUCGAUCUUCAAGAACCACCUUUUGUUUUUUGCCCACCCCAUCCUUCAACUGCGUAUUCGUGCAAUGCCGAAUCUUGGGUACGAGAACUUGAAGGUGGACACGCUUAUCGAUGUCAUGGCAACUACUUGGUCUAGUCUCGUCGCGGAAGGCCUCACAAAGUCAAUUUCUCCUAGACUGGCGUUUAAUGCUUCCUCGGCAUCGCCGCCUGUGCCCACAUCGAAGCCUGCAUACCCACUUCCAGAUCUCAGUUACGCAGAACGGGAAGCAUUGCGCUCUGUUGGAGGUUGCUUUCACUGUCGCUUAUCGCCAUCUGACGCUGUCUGGAAACCACACAUUGCUCGUGAAUGUCCUGGUGACGUGAAACAAGGAAUUCCCCCACGUGUCCCUCGUCCGGUGACAACUGUAGCAGCGAUCGGUAUACCUGAAGGAUACAAGGAAGUCUAUUUAACGCAUGGCAACCCCGGUGUCACAGAUUUCUCUGACCCUAAUGCUGGUCUUGUCACUGCUCUUAUACCCAAAGAUGUCAUCUUGCCUUCCUGUGUUCUCGAAGGCGACUCUGACAGUGAUGACUCAGACGAUGAUUAUGGUUAUUACUAAUAUUUGUUCCUUUAAUUGUUUGACAGUUUUUUUUUCAUUUCUGAGUCGCCGAUGUUUAGCUUUUGUCCCAUGACCCUCCCGCCUUUCGUAUACCUGCAGUUGUUCACUCUUACCCUGUUUGUGCUUUUCUGGAACUCCUUCGAACAUUGGUUUACUGAUUGAUAGUUUUUCUUGAUAGCCUGGUGGCCUACACAUAUGGUUCAUUGCAUCGUAGAUAUCUCUUUUCCCUUAGCUUGAUUACCUUACCGUCGUCGUCGUUCCGCAAUCCAGAACGUAAUUCUGUUUUGUUUCAUUUCGCGUGUCUGGUCAGUGUUUCUCGUCGUUGGCCACGACUUGAUUUCAUUUUCCCGUGCUAUCGAACAAUGCUUUAC